AUGUCAUCUGAAUUUCGUACAUAUAAAAUACGAUGGGUAUAUUUAUUUGUUGCGUGCCUCGUCAAUUUUUCAAAUGGAAACACAUGGAUUACAUAUGCACCUAUCACAUUUUACGCUAAUGAUUUUUAUGGUAAUGCAAAUGCUGCAUUAUUGUUCAACCUGAUAUUCAUGGCAUUAUCGAUACCUGUGGGUUUUCUGGCAUGCUGGUGGAGUGAUCGAUUUGGUUUACGAUCAGCGUUUCACAUUGGAGCUUGGACGAAUCUGCUUGGCAAUGUGAUUAGGGUCGUGGGAUCAGGCGAAUGGUUCCCCAAGAAUGCCCGAUUCCCUGUGGCAUUCAUUGGACAAACUGUGGCUGCAAUUGCUCAGCCAUUUGUUAUGUUUCUGCCAACAAAACUUGCAGCCUAUUGGUUUCCACAAGACCAACGAGUGAUUGCGAACACAUUGUCGUCAAUGUCGAAUCCGAUUGGUAUCGCAGUGAUGUAUUCGUUUGCUCCGCUCAUUGUUAAUGAGUCACAUCCGCAUGCUUUUUUCUUACUCGUGAGAAUCUGUGCUGCACUGGCUGCUGUCACUGCACUUUUUGCCCUUUUUAUUACAAGAUCCAAGCCACCGACUCCAGUAGCAGCAUCUCGUAAUGCAGACAUCGAAAUUCCUGGAUUCUUGGAAGGAGUACGACAGUGCUUCCAUUCCAAAGCUUAUUGGGUGCUUGCAAUCUGUUUAGGAGGUGGAGUAGGGUUGUUUAAUGCACUCUAUAAUAAUCUACAACCUUCAUUAUGUGUUUUGGGAUAUUCUCUAUCGUUCAGUGGAGGUAUGGGAACCCUACUGAUCAUGAGCGGCCUUGUUGGUGCAGCAAUAUCAGGUUUAUAUGUCGAUAAAACGGGAAAAUUUGAGCAAACUAUGAAAUUUUCAUUUUUACUGGCCGGUAUAGCAGCAUGUUCAUUAGCUGUAUCGAUCAAUUAUGAAGGUGAAGAAGGAUGGGUGAUAGCAUCUAUAUUUUUCUUUGGCGCAUUUGGAUUUGCUAUCUAUCCACUUGGGCUAGAGAUGGGUGUUGAAGCAACAUUUCCUGUCGCUGAAGCCACAUCCACUGGACUGGUAAUUAUGAUUGGGCAAAUCCAAGGCGUUAUCUAUGUGAUAUUGACGAAUGUUUUCGUUGGAAAACCCGACCCUCAUAACCUCGCAGUGCAGACGUGUGUUAACAAAAAUUCUGACCUCAAAACUGUAUCAACAUGGAGUACCCCAUUUUUGAUAUGGGCAGGGUUCGUGAGCCUUCUUAUAAUUGUAUUCGUCAUUUUCUUUUGGCCAACAUAUAAACGACGAGAUUUCGAAGCAGCACAAGCACUGAAGGAACGUCCAGAGGAGACUAAACAAACACGGAUUUAG